AUGGAAUUUGUCGCUUUCCUGUUUGUCGUGACGUUCACGGUUUCAAACAGCGCGGAAUGCAGCCGUAGCGCUGUUCGUCCAAGACGUAGUGCUAUUGGCGAGACGAUUGAAGAACUCUCGAGCAAGAAAGAUUCGACUUCAACAUGGCAGAGCAACCCAUUGGUGCUCUAUCAGACUACUCGAUCAGGAAACGUUUCGUACAACCAGUGGUUUCACAACUACGACGUACCUUCUUUGCCAGUCGUCAACGCCAGAUUCGGCUAUGCAGCCGCCCGUCUUGUGUACAUACCGAAUCCAUCUACUCAGGAAUCCCAGCCUAUUGAACUACUUGUCGUGCACGGUGGACGAUUACGAACCCCCUCUAGAGAAAUCCUGCGUACGCCCCUGAAGACUGAAGUAUCUGAUCGACUACAGUUUCUCACGUUUACCCUCAACACAGUUGUGGAAAUGCCAAUCAGCGUGGGCAGCAAUGAUGGAUCUCCAGGAGGGCGAUACCUGCACACGGCUGUAUCUUUUCCAACACUCUCUGCUAGUGGACGCCCUGUUGUUUUCUAUGGUGGUCUAGACAGAGAAGGACAAGUGCUCGGCGGUGUGUGGCAUCUGAAAGCAAGUAACAAGGAAAACGAAGGUCUACGUUGGACCAGGACUGUAGAAGGACGGAGAAAGUGUGGCCAUUCGUCUGUAAGCCUGGGACAUAGCAUGCUAGUGUUUGGAGGUUGUAAUCAAACUAUGUGCACGAAUGAUGUUCAACUGUACAACGUAGCGCAACAGACGUGGCUAGAGGUAAAAGGAACAGGUAAAAUCCCUUCACCUCGAGGAGGCCACAGUGCCAUUGUUGUAGAGCAGGCUAGUCUAAUGUUCAUUCAUGGCGGAAUGAAGAUGAUUAUGGCGACAGGAUCCCAUUCUAACUACAGUGUUUUCGGAGACACGUACGUCUUUAACAUACAAACAAGGGUGUGGCAACUCUUGGAAUUAACCCCGCCUACUACUGCCUUGACCUUUACUCAUGCAGCAUCUGCUUUCUUUCAAUACUCGAACUAUGGUCAUUGGGUUGUGUAUGGCAUUGUUGGACGUAGCCUAGACGAUCUUGAUAAAAAGGUGCUAGCGGAGUUGACAAUUCAGCUGUCAGACGGUUCUAUCAAAAGUGGAUGGAAAGUAAAGAACACGUCGCAUUUUCUUCAGUUUCCCAACGGCAGAAUAAUGACGGCGUUGAUUAGAUUUACCACAAGUACGGGAGACCAAAUUGCCUACAUGAUAGGUGGAGCACGAAACGUGAAAUCGCAACAUCAUCACCUCUAUGAUCCUCUCACUGACGUAUGGCUGUUGAGGCAACAUGCUGGCUUAACAGGAUACGAAUGGAUUUAUGUGUGUGCCACCAGCGAGCAUCCAGAACCGAGGGCUGGGCAAACCAUCACCGUAUUAAACGGUGGCUCUAUUGCGCUUUUUGGAGGCGUAGAAAAGAAAUUCUCAUCUGGUACCACCUUUACUGACAGUAGUGUUUGGCAGGUGUCUAUAGAAAAUCUAAAUGUACUAUCUUGGAAGAAGACUAUUCCAACCAGUCGAUUGCUUGCAGGAAUCGUUGGUCACUCUUCAGUAGGAGUUUCGUUGUCAUCUGGUGGAUCGAACGACACUGCGGUGACUGGCGCCAACACCAUUCUUACAUUUGGUGGUUUCUAUUUAGAUACAGCGAGUCUUCAAAGAAGCAUUAUUAUUGUAGCGCCAAACCUUCUUUACUGGCAUGUUUGGUCUCCAAGUAAGAUCCAACUUUCUCCAUGUCCCAGAGCUUUUCACUCCUUGAUUGUUUACAAUUCAACUUUGUAUUUGUUUGGUGGACUCGGUGACCUUUCUUCUAUGAAUUCAUCUGCUCUCAAUGAUACUUGGUCGUUACGUUGGUCAGAGAGCUCGGCGAAACUAGGCCAAAGCAGUGAUCACGAUUGGAGGCAAAUAGUGGCAAACGGAUCUUCUCCUCGCGGAAGAUUUGGUCAUUCUGCUGUCACGUACUAUAACGAAAGUAUGGACGAGUCUGUCAUGUUAGUGUUUGGGGGAACUGAUGGUAUGACGGUCUUUGAUGAUAUCUGGCAACUUUCCCUGUCUACGUUGACUUGGAAACAACUGAUACCAUAUCCUGUAGUAAAACAUGCCAAAAACAACACUCAAAUUACUAAAGCUUUUGGGCAUUCUGCUGCAAUGAUUGGACACCAAAUGGUAGUCUACGGCGGGUGUAGUCAUCCACCUACAAACAACUUUCUUUCUUUAAGUGAAAGUUUACCAUCUUGUCCGCAGAACUACGUUUUAGACACUGUCGUAUCUUUUGACACUCAAACGAAUAGGUGGACAAUCGUUGAGAUUAUUGGAAACAGAAUUCCUAGAUAUUUCCAUUCCGCUCUGUUUCAAAGUAGUUACCUUAUUAUUUAUGGAGGCUUGAGUAGUAAGGACACCCUUUACGACGGAACCUUUGCCAUUAGGCCAGGUUGCAAUAGAGGUUACGAAGGCGACUUUCCAAAUGGUACAUGUAUUCCUUGUCCUACCGGGUACUAUGGCAACGGUGGGGACGAAAGUUGUCAGAAAUGCGAUAAACGCUUCACUACGAAUGGUACCGCUAAGGCGUGGAAAAGUGAUUGCAAUAUUUGUAAUAACAAUGCUUGUGAACACGGCGGCAAAUGCAAAUUUGAUGAAAAGGGCGAGUUUGAUUGUCAUUGCUCUCCCUUAUACACUGGAAGAUACUGCCAAAAUGUACGUGACGUCAUCAUUGUUAGUGUGGUAGCGGGUGUACUGCUCAUUCUUAUCAUUGUUCUAUGGGCGAUCGCAAGAAAAUUAAUAUUAAACAAAAGGAAAGUGUCCAGAUUACAAGAAACUAACAAAACGGAAAUAUCUCAAUUACAAAAAACUAACGAAAAGGAGAUUUCCAAAUUACAAAAAGUGAUACAAAGUUUCAAAGACGCUUCCGUCCAUAUCGACAUUAACGAACUAGAACUUGAAGAAGAAAUUGGUGAAGGAGGGUACGGAGUCGUAUGGAGAUGUAAAUAUCGACACCACGCUCAAGUUGCUGUAAAAAAGUUAAAGGAAGAAGACGUAGAUAAUUAUAUAAAUGUUGCAAGCUUCAACAAUUCGUUGUUGAGAGAACUAAAGUGCUUUCGAACCAUUAAACAUCCCAAUAUUCUUACAUUUUAUGGUGCUGGACACGAUCAAGCACUUGGUGGCUUAUUUCUCGUCACAGAGCUUGUUCAGCCAGGCAGUUUGCAUAGUGUUCUUCAUAUAACUCAAAAUAAUCAUGGACGAGAAGAACUUUUUGUUCCUCUUACGGAUCGAGUUAAGGUAAAGUUUUGCAGUAGCAUUUGCACAGCGUUGGGAUACUUGCAUAAGAAUCUCUAUCUACACUGGGACCUAACUCCACAUAACGUUCUAGUCGCUAUCAAGGGAGAAAUAAGGCUCGGCGACUUUGGAGUUUCAAAAAAGGCUAGAGAUGAAGAAGUUCUACGGAGACUGCAAGAGUCGGGUACAGAAAGAGAUACGAGAGACUGGCUAAAAGAUUUUGAAAACACAGCAUCAUAUGAUAUCAUUGAUGCCCAUGCUGCGGUCGAUGGUGAUCAAGAAGAGAGACAACCAUUUAUUGGGCAACAAUCAAAUGAACUGUUUAGAAAAAGAAUCAAAAACUGUUACUUAGCACCAGAAUUUUUUCAAAACAAAAUAACUGCUUCAUCGGAUAUCUACAGCCUUGGAAUUUUGUGUUGGGAGAUCAUUGCUCGUAAAGACCCAAGAGACUACUUCACAGAGGGGGUCUGCUGGAAUUCACUAGAACCAACAGACUACGAGAACAAACUUUGUCGCAAAGAUAAUCCAGCAAGACCCGACCUAAAAUUUGUAACAGCGCAGAAUUGUGACUGUGACCAGAAAAGCCAGUUCGAGGAGAAGAUGCAGGAAGUAAUUACCUCUUGUUGGAGUAGCAAACCGUCGAAACGUUGGGACUACACUACAAUUGGUAAUGAAUUGUCAGACCUUGCAAAUUUCUGCCCGCCCGUUCAAGAUGGCGAGGAACGUAACUUCGAAGACAAAUUACAACAGCUAGCCGACUUACUAGCUGCUAGCAGAAAGGAACGACGGAACAUGCCGCAACAGUAGACGGCAUGCAUGUUAGCAUUAUAAUAGCAGCAUAGCAAAGCAACAUGACGGUAAACUCAAAAUGCAACUGCAGACUGCCAUUUUACCUGCUUCCUGCAUGUGUAAUAGCUAUAUCUAUCUGUAUUUGCUGGUCUUAUAGUUAGCAAUCUCAGCUCGUUUACUAUUUCAUUACAAUACAGCA